AUUGCAAUCACUCCACCCUCAAACACUUGUCACAUUUACUAGUAAUCUUAAAGAAGUCCCUCGACUGUCCCUCGACUCCCAAUUCCUCAUCUUAAGUCAUGGGGUUCUUUGGUACAGCAGCGCUGCUCCUGCUGGGCACUGCCGCUCACUCUGGUCUUGCCCAGAGCAGCGCGACGACGGACCCCUCCGCUGCAUCCAGUCUUUCAGUCGCGGAGCUGUGGAAGCUGCAGACGACCCUCUGGGACAACUUCUUGUACCCUGCCAAUGCUAAGCAAAUGCAGUCUAUCAACUCGACGCUCUUUGCGCCAAAUAUCCAAGGUCGUGUCGACAUCACUCGCACAUUUGACGGCGCUGAGCUCAACACGGAAUACAUUUUUGGCCUCUUCUCAGACCCAUCCCAACUCUCGCUGAUCGGUGUGCCCGUUUCAUACAAGAUCGUCAAGUUCGCUGCAACCGACAACAUCGCGGCGGCAAGUACCAUCUUCACCUUCAACGCCACCAUGUUCGGCAAGCUGCUUCCUCUGAACAUCGACACCUUCAUCACCUUCGACAAAGACACGAAGCAGGUCACACAGUACGACGCGACCUUCAAGUGGAUGGACUUCCUCUUUGCCGAGCUAUACGGCGAGAUCGGCAAGCUCAUCCAGGCCAACUCGACCGACCAGGUGACUGCUUACCUGACGGAUAUGAUGGCCAAGACCCUCUGCUCGACGCACAGCAGCCACUGCACGGGCACAAUGCAGCAGUAUGCAGACUCGGCCAGCUGCUACAACUUCCUCACCACUCAGAUCCGGUUUGGCCAGACCUUUGAGAUGGGCCGGAACACGUUGUUUUGCCGCAUGAUGCAUGCUGAAAUGUUGCAGUACCGGCCUGAAGUGCAUUGCCCUCACAUCGGCCCUUCGGGAGGGGGCAUGUGCGUCGAUGAUCAGACAUAUUCCGAGAAGGUGCUCCAGGACUACUUCACGAAUGCUCCAUUCACCCCGCGCAUCUAAGGCAGAAUCAUUGGGUUGGGGGGUUGGAAGCAUAGGUGGAUUGGGUUCACCUUGGAUUCGGGUUACGGUGCUGAUCUUGGGUUACUGGACUGCUCCAUGUCGUCGCUCCAGGGGAAGCGUUUGCUUUUGUCUAAUCCGUGUAAUGCUUGGUUAUGAGGCCAGUUAGCGCAGUGUUCAAUACUACUGGUACAUUCCCUUGCGGUUAGUAAUUCCGUGAAGGAAGUCUUGGGUUCGAACUAUAGGUAGAAGGUAAGGUAGUAUGUAUGUACAUAUUUGAAUUUUCAGUAUCGAGUGGUUUAUGUCG